AUGCAACUUGGUAUUGAAUUGACAAAUAUUGUUGAAGAGGAGGACGACAUCGACAUCGACAACAAACUGCCCAAACAUUUGGAUUAUAAAAUUACACUUCAAAGCGAAGAUUAUCGUACAAAUUAUAAUCACUAUUUAGUUAUCAAUGAUUAUAAAAAUUUUCCACCAAAAUAUCACAGUGGUUAUUAUGGACGACUAGAUUUUGCACAAAUACAACUGAUCAUUGAUCUGGCAUUCAUAUCGUUGGUUACCAACGGAUCAGUUGACUUAAUAACACAACAACAACAAAAUGUUGAAUUUUUUACACAACGUAUGCCAUUGCCAUCGAUGACUGUUUUGGAAAAGUUUGAAAAUUCAUAUUAUCUAUCAGUUUAUGGUAAUAAUCAUAUAGUGACAGCUAUUUUAUUGUUUAAUAUGACAAUCAUGUUAUCGGUUAUUAUUAAGCGAACCGUCGAGGAAAGGCAGACCCGUAUAACCGAUUAUUUACUACAAUUGGGUGUCCGUAGACAUGAGCUAUGGCUUAGUGUUAUAUUGGAUGGACUGAUAGUUAUUAGUUUAGUUGACUAUUCGGGUGAUAUAACCAUUGGUGGUCACGAUAUCAGCCGUGAACAACAUUUAGUACAAAACAUGACCGGAAUCUGUCCACAGGAUAACGUCUACUUCAAGUUUCUCACUAUUAGUGAUCAUUUGACGAUAUUUUCACGUCUCAAACAACUCAUACGCAAUAAUAAUGACGGAUAUACUGAUAAACAGUUGAUCCAACUCUUGGAUCUUAACAAAGACGUCAACAAAGAAGCCUAUCAGCUGUCGGGCGGAACAUUGCGUCGACUUGUUUUGGCCAUUGCUUUCAUCGGUCCCAACGAUGUCCUGAUAUUAGACGAACCGUCAGCCGCUUUGGAUCCGAAAGUUACCCGAAAAGUCUGGGAUCUAAUUAGAGAUUCGCGAAAAAACAAAACCAUUUUAAUAACAACACAUCAUUUGGAUGAAGCAAAUCUAUUGGCGGAUCAAAUCAGUAUUAUAGCUAAAGGAAUGGUAUGUUUUAAUGGAUCAACACUUGAUAUGAAAAAACAAUUCAAUUCAGGAUAUCAGUUGAAAAUAUGUAAAUCUAUUGAAUAUGAAACUGACAAUCAAAUCACUGAAAUUAUUAGAAAAUAUACUAACAUUAAGAAAAUUAGUAAAAAAUGCUUAAUUGAUACCCAACAAGAAGUUAAUUAUGAACUAAAUUUUGAAGACAAUCAUAGAUUUUAUGAAAUGUUCAGUGAAUUGGAGGAAAAUAAAUCAAAUUUAGCCAUAAAUGAUAUUUCAUUAGAUAUGCAAACACUUGAGGGCUCGUAUGCAAAGAUUAUCAGUGAAAACAAUUUUCAAAACAAUUUAAAUGAAAAUUAUUUUGAGACCGAAAUCACCGAUGAAGACAAUAAUUUUAUUUUAGAAAAUAAUACAAUAGUUUCUAAUAAUAAUAAUAAUAAACUAAUAUCUCAACAAUUAAAACCAUUAGUAUAUCAAUUAUAUGCCAUAUUUAUUAAACGAUUACUUUAUUUAUCGAUGAAUAUCACUCAACUCAUAACACUUGUAAUAAUUCCUAUAUUGACUAUUAUAUUGCUAUUUAUAUCAUUGAAAAUAGUUUACAAUCUAUCCAUAUAUGAUAAAGAGCCUAUUUGUUUGAAUAGUAAUCAAUUAUAUGGCAAAAAUAAACUCGGAUUUAUUGAUUCAAACAACAAUACAAACUUUGAAAAUGCUUACACAAGUGUCUUGGAUGACAAUAAUUUGGAUAAAUUGAUAAUUUCUAACCACAAAUCAGAUGAUGAAAAUAUACAAGAUUUUCUUCUAGAAUAUUCUACUAUUGGAUAUAUUAAUUAUUUUAAAAAUUUAUUAUACGGUGUUUCAGUUAAUUUUGAUACUAAUAAUAAUAAUAAUAAUAUAUUGAAGAAUAUAACGGUUUGGAGUAAUCAUUUAGCUAUACAUUCAUUGCCUAUUUCAAUUAGUGUUACAAGUGAUCCAUUGAAGAUCAAUUGGUCCGGUAAUGAGUUAAAUAAAUAUUAUAAACGUGUAUUUAAUUUCGAUGUAUUAAUUGGCGUCAAUUAUCUAACAUUUAUGUGUUUAUUCACAUUUAUGUCGUCCACAUAUGUAUUAUUGCCGAUAACUGAACGUAAAACACAAUUCAAAUUACUUCAACUAAUGUCAGGACUCAAACCCAUAACCUAUUGGUCCCUUAAUUUAUUAUUUGAUUUAAUACUACAUUCAUUGUUGUCAUUAGUAUAUGUAUUUGUAUAUUAUAUGUUUGAUACGGAUAUGAUAUUUAUUGGACCCGAAAAUCAUUUUACAGCCAUAUAUCUGACAUUUGUUUUCUAUGGAUUUUCAUUCAUACCAUUUGCAUAUCUAAUAUCAUUUAUAUUUUCAAAACCUAGUUCUGGUUUUACAUUUAUAUCACUUUAUAAUAUAAUUAUUGGAUCACUGAUUGAAUUAAUUCAAAUGAAUCUAUCAUAUAGACCCAGUUGGAAAUUGUUGUCAAAAAAUUUGAACGAAGAAAUAAAAGAAAUACCAUUAGAAGACUUAACACUUGAAACAACACCAGAUCUAAGACAAGAAUAUGAAAUGGUUUCGAAAAUUAUCAGAAAUAAUGACUUAAAUAAUGUAUCACUUGUUGUAGAAAAUCUCAACAAAAUGUUAAACAAAACGACAAUUAUUCCUAAAUCCCUAUCAUUUGUGGUCAAUAAUGGAGAAUGUUUUGGAUUAUUAGGUAUUAAUGGUAGCGGAAAAACAACAACAUUUCGAUUGCUUACCGGAGAUCUGGAAUUAGAUUCAGGCAAUGCCUACUUGGGCUCAGCUGAAGCUAACCUUUUAACAAAUAGACGACAAUUUUUCAGUCAAAUCGGUUAUUGUCCACAAAAUGACGCCCUUUUAGAUCGACUGACCGGAAGACAAACCAUAAUAUUCUUUGGCCGACUCAGAGGUCUAUCAAAAGCGUCGUUAAUUAGAUUUAUUGAUAAUAUAUGUCAAAAGUUUAGUCUACAAACUAUAAUAGAUAAGCGAUUGUCGACUUAUAGUGGCGGCAAUCGCCGCAAACUAUCGCUGGCCAUUGCAUUGAUUGGAUCGCCUCGACUGCUACUACUGGACGAACCGACCAACGGUGUUGAUCCCGAUUCACGGCUGAAUAUCUGGCAAAUACUAAGACAAUUGAUUAGUGAAUCAAAUAUUUCUAUACUAUUAUCUUCGCAUAAUAUGGAAGAAUGCGAGACAUUGUGCUCUCGAUUAGCCAUUUUGUCAAACGGUGUCAUCAAAACAAUCGGAUCUCUACCACAACUGAGAAAAUCAUUUGCCAAUGGAUUUGAUAUAAUAUUAAAACUAAAUUGUGAUUCAAAAAGCUAUGAUCAUAUUAAUGAUGAAUUAGAUUCAAAAAUGAAACAACUAUUUGGCGAAAAAUCUAUUAUUAAUAAUAAAUAUUCAAAUUCAGGUGUAUUUUAUUAUCAUCUCAUUGGAGAUGAUUUGAAAUUAUCGCAAAUAUUUCAAUCGAUGCAAUCAGUAAAACAAGAUUUCAAUUUAGAGGACUAUAUGUGUGGUAAUAGUGGUCUUCAACAGGCGUUUCUCGCAAUCACGACAUUCAAUACUUAACUAUAAUAUUAAUAAACAUUUA